CAUAGAGUACAAGCAUCCGCUGGAGGCUUGUGCUCAAACAAUUCGCGGGGUUAUGAUAGCCAUGUGAUGUGCCAAUCAGAAAACGAGAUAGUUAAUUAACUAUUUUUUUUUCAGUCAAAAAAUGUGCUUUUUCUGUAUCAUAAUAUCGUAGCCAACUGUUAAUGAUUUUUGCCGCACCGGUUGCCUUUCUCAAUUGUCAAUGCAGGCCGUGGCGUGAUGGCCCUGAAGCCAAUAGCUGCUGGUGACAGCAUCAUCUCCAUACCCAGACACUUGAUGGUUUCAUGUGUGGAUGUGUGCAAUGAUGAUGUUUUGAAGAAAGCCUUGGAAAGAACAAGUUUGAAAUUCACGUCAUGUGAACUCUUGGCUGUGUUUUUGCUGUAUCAUGCUAAGCUGAAGGAAGGAUCUCUCUGGAAGCCUUAUGUCGAGUCCUUGCCCACAAUGUUUCACGUUGCAUCGAGCCAAGCAGAGGUUGAGCUUUAUCCUUCUUUCAUUGCCUCUCCUCUAUCAUGUCAGCUUUCAAUAUUAGAGGUUGCACGGAGAAAAAUAAGCUGUGUUUUCAAGCACAUACCAGGCAACACACAAAACAUUUCACCCUCGGAUAUAACUUGGUCGUACAUGGCUGUUAAUUCAAGAACCGUGUAUUUAAAACCAAAAGAGCGUUGUCUCUUCCUGUGCCCCGAUGAUGAUGGUUCCUGUGCUUUAGCUCCAUUUCUAGAUUUCUUAAAUCAUUCUUGUGAAGCUAGUGUCAGCGUAGAAUUAGAUGUAAAUGAUAUGUACCAGAUAGUUACCCAUGUUCCUUAUGCUAAGUAUGAUCAAAUAUUCAUCAGUUAUGGACCUCAUGACAACGUGAAGUUGUUUGUGGAGUACGGCUUCUUCUUGCCUAACAACCCCCACGAUGGCGUUCCUAUUUCCAUGGAAGAUGUCUUGUCUGCAAUACAUGACAGCCACCUUCCAGAUUCUUUGACCACGUCACUGGAGUCGAAGAAGUCAAUUGCUAGCUCUCUGGGCGAGGCUAGUAACAUGUUCUUAGCCAGAGAUGGGCCUUCAUGGUCUUUGACGACUGUGGUCAAAAUUCUGCUGUUGCGUGAUGACCAGAUUGGGUCGUGGCAGUUAGCGUACGAGGGAGCGAACGCUGACAAUGAAGCUGAGACCCGCAUUAUUAUUUGUAUCAUCUGCUCUGCCCGUCAGUUGCUCAAGGAUUCAUUGAUGAAAAUGAUGAAUUUGUCUGAUAAAUCUCAACAUUUAGUGAUAGGAUGUACCUUAGUUCAGGAAUACGUCAGGCUUGUCGACGACUGCUUAGCAGCUUACGAAAAGAGAUGACAUUGUUUUUGCCAAUUCUGUAGCCUAUAACUUCAUCGUGCUCAUAAUUUAAUUGCCUGCUUUGAAUUCACAAUUGCCAAACAACCUUUGACAAUUAUUUAAAUAAACCGAACGUUGCUCGUAUAAUCUUGUGAAUGCCUCGAUUGUAUUGUUGAUGCAAUUUAUUAGAUGAUUCUUUCUACUACUUUGUUAAAAAUAAUUAUGUAUUCCUGAUUGAAAAUUGUUGUUAAUUUGUGUCUGCAUUGGAUCCACCGAGAAAGGUUUUUUAACAUACAUAUAUGUCAAUAGUACCCGUAACUUUACAUGUACACUGUUAAUUAUUAACCAUUCUUGGAUUUAUAAAUCAAGAUUUUCCUCAGUAAACUUUUAAUAUUUA